UUUCCAUCUCUGGGUGCUUGGAUAUCUUUUUUUUCUCGCUCUCCUCUCUCUCACUCUCUCUCUCUCUUCAGGAUUUCUCUCCCACUGCCACAGAUCACUGUGCAGUAUCUCCGUCUGUAUGAGUGAAGUUGUCUGAACACACAAGAGUGCAUUUCUGCUUCCUGAGCUGGAUUUAUGUGCCUCAACUUGGGCACGAAGCGCAUCUUUUCAAAAGGACGGAACGGUACCUUAUUCAACACAUGCACGUUAACAAAAAUAAAUAAAUAAAAGUGAUUUUCUUGAUUGAUUUAUAAUUGCACUCACGAUUACACAGACAGACACACAUAAUAUAUGUAUAUAAUCUGCAACGGAAAGAAAAGUGGAAGCCACGGAGAGUGCUACUUCAAACAAACUGGAUCUUCUUGGCUUUUUGGAUGCAGUUUAAAGGGAGUGUGCGGCGGCAGUGUCAAGGAUUUUAUUUGUACUAAAUCUGAAAGUAGACCAUGCUGUGGAUCUGGGCUAUCUUUUGCACGCUGUCCGUGUUGUCACGUUCAGUCGUGGCGGAUCUGAAAGCGCGGAGCUGCGUGGAGGUCAGGCAGGCUUACUCCGCCAAAGGCUUCAGUCUUGUCAAUGUCCCUCACCAGGAGAUAUCAGGGGAACAUCUGCGGAUCUGUCCUCAGGGAUACACAUGUUGCACAUCUGAAAUGGAAGACAAACUCAGCCAACAAAGCAAAUUGGAGUUUGAAAAUCUUGUGGAAGAAACAAGUCACUCAUUACGCACAACAUUUGUAUCCCGGCAUAAAAAAUUUGAUGAAUUCUUCCGUGAGCUCCUGGAAAACACAAAGCGGUCCCUUAAUGAUAUGUUUGUGAGGACAUAUGGUCAAUUGUACAUGCAAAACUCAGAAGUCUUUCAGGACCUUUUUGCCGAGUUGAAGAGAUAUUACACUGGUGGGAAUGUCAACCUUGAGGAGAUGCUGAAUGAUUUUUGGGCUCGGUUGUUGGAGCGAAUGUUUCAACUAGUGAACACUCAGUACCACUUUACUGAAGACUACUUGGAGUGCAUAAGCAAAUAUACUGAUCAGCUUAAACCUUUUGGGGAUGUGCCCAGAAAACUCAAUAUACAGGUUACUAGAGCAUUUAUUGCUGCCCGCACUUUUGUCCAAGGGCUGACUGUUGGAAGAGAAGUUGCCAAUAGAGUGUCUAAGGUCAGUCCAACACCUGGGUGCAUCCGAGCCCUUAUGAAGAUGUUAUACUGUCCGUACUGCCGUGGGAUACCAGCCGUAAAACCCUGCAACAACUACUGUUUAAAUGUAAUGAAGGGAUGCCUUGCAAACCAAGCUGAUCUUGACCCAGAGUGGAAUCUUUUCAUUGAUGCAAUGCUGUUGGUGGCAGAGAGGCUAGAGGGGCCAUUCAACAUUGAGUCUGUUAUGGAGCCCAUUGAUGUCAAGAUAUCAGAAGCCAUCAUGAAUAUGCAGGAUAACAGCAUGCAAGUCUCCUCAAAGGUUUUUCAAGGAUGUGGACAACCCAAGCCUGCCAACUCAGGAAGGUCUUCACGAGCCGUUUCCGAUGUAUUUAACCAUCGUUUUAGACCCUACAGUCCAGAGGAGAGACCAACUACAGCUGCAGGAACAAAUCUGGAUAGACUGAGGACAGUGUGGAAGACGAUGCAACACAGUGUAAUUGAUAUUAAAGAAAAAUUAAAGCAGUCCAAAAAGUUCUGGUCUAUCUUACCUGACAGCAUCUGCAGGGAUGUGAAAGUGACAAGUGGCAAAUCAAAUGAAGAAGACUGCUGGAAUGGACACACGGAAGGAAGGUACUUGCCUGAAGUGAUGAACAGUGGCCUGACUAAUCAGAUUAACAACCCUGAAGUUGAGGUGGACAUCACAAGACCUGACACAUUCAUCCGUCAGCAGAUCAUGGCUCUCAGAGUAAUGACUAACAAGCUCAAGAAUGCUUACAAUGGAAAUGAUGUCAAUUUUCAAGACACGAGUGAUGAAACCAGUGGAUCUGGAAGUGGCAGCGGCUGCACAGAACCAUGCAACACUGAAUUUUUCAUCCCAACGGAAGCCUCCCCAAUUGGCGCUACCCGGAAUGAAGGGAAAUCUUCAGCAGGCAAACCAGGUUUUUCCUUAGUACUCCCCGUGUUCCUUAGCUGCACAAGCCUUCUAGUGCUAAGGCAAUGGAGAUAAUGGUUGUGGCCAUGGAUGGACAGCAGACUUUUCAGUGUUGGACACUCUUUGGGAAAUAAAACAGUUUCAAAAUGGAGGGCACAGUUUUGCAUCCUGCUUCCCCUUUUCCAAAGAAUGCUUGGUGCCAUCUUGAAGCAGCUUAUGCCAAACUGCUUGUUCUUUCCUCCAGACCUUGCUCAAGAUGCUCUCCGGGAGAUGAACUUAAUUUUCAAGACUUUCUUUCAAAGAAAAAAAAAAUAUAUAUAUUUUUUUUCUUUUAUACAACAGAUAUGGGACUCUCUCUUCGAGACUAAUACUGAACUCUGUUCACAUAUCUGAAAGGUCUUGUACUCGCAUAAACCUUACCACACAAAAAUGUUGCUAAUCACUGUGACCAUGCCUUUGAAUCUUAAUUGUAAGAAUUCUGAAGACUGGAGUGACACCACACAAAGGACCCAUUAGGCCAGCCAUGUAAGAAACACACAAGAGAUUCUGUUAGGUUUGGGGAUUGAUUCAUUCGAAGUGAAAAGAAUUCCCAACAUCAUAUUCACACACAUCAUAAAGUCCAUUUCGGUUCCUUCUGCUUUCCUCAUAAGCACAGGCUCAUUUGUAUUGUUAAGUAUUGUCAUUUUACAUCAGAAUGCAUUUUCUUAUUGGUCAAAAUUCUUAACUAUUUUCAUAUCAUAAGAGUGACAAAAGAUGCUACUUUUUAAAUUGGCCAAUAUUUUUAAGUACAGUAUUUGGAAAUUUAUAUGCAUCAGGAAAACCUGAUUUCAACCCACUAAUGCCUGAGUUUUUAUAAUUCAGAUUAUUCUUUGUGUACUUGUACGCUGAUGGGAUUUACAAACCUUUAUAGCUUGCUUUACAGGAUACCUUUAGCUAUUUCAAGAAGGAAAAAAAAAACAAAAAAAAAACCUGCAUCUUGUAUGGUGCACUCAGUACAUUUAAGUGCGUAUUUUAGGUUCAUUACAAGAAUGAGUAUCUAACGCUAUAUCACAGUAUCAUAUCGAUAAAAGCUUUUGUUGUAUAGCAGCUAGCUCAAAUUAAGCACAUGCAGCCAACACAUUCUAAACUAAACAUUGUCAUCAUUUCUUGACUUCAUAACUAUGUCUACAGUAAAAUGAAAAAAUAUGCCACUUUCUUGACAAUCACUGUUAGUAUAGCAGCAUACUUGCAAGACCAGAAUUUGUAGCUCUAAGCUUAUAGUGGCCAUUAAACAUUGGAGUCGACUUUCAGUCCUUCCAGGACACUCACAGACAGCUCCUCUCUUACUACUGUACAUUUAUGUUCAAAGUGGGGAAGAAGACUGUUCAUCUGUUUUACUAUUUCGAUCUUUUCUUGGAAAGACACAUCUAAGAUUUCUCUUAUACUAUUACAGGGCUGCACCAAAUACGUAUAAUGCCUCCCAUAUACAACUAACAUGGAACAUAAAAAUAGGAAAAAGUCAAUAUCCACAGUGCAAAUCACCCGAUGUACACCCACUGCAAAGUCUCAUUCUACCCCACCAUUCUGGUCCAUCUUGUUGCUGCAUAUACAAUAUCCAUGACAGUGAAUUACAUUGCUCUUACAGAACUUCCUUAUGGCGAAUGUACUUAGGGAAGAAGCUUUGUGCUGCUGCAUUAUCAAAAACCCUUUAUGAACAAAUCAGGAGCAGAAAUGUAUUUCUUCUUUUAAGUCUUCUUAUUAAUCAUCUAUUUUUAUAGCCACAGAUUUUAACUAAUUUACUUGUUAGCUCAGGGUUGACAUAUAUGUAGACAUGUACCGUGUUUUGUCAACCAGUUUUGAAACCAUAUACUCAUAUGUUUUAAAAUCUUUCAUCAGUCCAUCUAUCCAUCUUGUUUCCCUGUACCCAUUUGAUGUUCCAUUUAUAAUACUGCCAUACUCCAUAGUCAAAAAUAAUCUUAGUUGCUGUUUAAUGGGUUAAAAAGUCAGAUUUAUGUGUGCUCAGAUCUUUUUCACUAAUUUACAUUGUCUUGUGCUUUAAUAAAAAAUAAGCAUAACCCAUUUCAGGUCCAUAUCACUGAAAUGAUGGCCAAACUAGCAGCCGAUGAUGUAAAAGAUAUGAAGAGCAUAUGUGUCUUACAUUGUGAUUUGUAAUAAACCCUAACCUGUUUUUUUUCUUUGAACUGCAAAGUAUGUCAUAAAAUACCCUGGACAUAAAUGACUAUAAAUCAUUUUACACAAACUAGAAUGUGCAUUUUGUUUCUUUAACAUAACACACUGCUAAGAAUGUCUAGUGUUUAUGAACACUAUUGACAAUUGGCACUAGAAACGAAUUUCAACCAUAUUAAAAUUUGAGCAGCGAGGUCCCUUUUAUCGCCCCAUGGAACUGAAUUAUGGCAUCAAGUGCAUCUAGAGAUUUUUUUCUUUAAUCUUUGCUUUGUUUGGUCUCUUCUACACAUUUGCUUAAUUUAUUUAACCACGUUAUAAAUAUUUGGCACUACACUCACAACUCUAAUAGUCCUAGGUUGAAAUCCACCAGAGUGGCAGACUACAGGCAGUAUCAAAAUGUCUGUGUCCUCGUGGGGCUUUUAUUUAGUUUCCUUAUACAUCGUUGGUUGACCCGACUACUCUAAACUGACCUCUGGCACUGAACUUUGGGUCUGGAGUGGUGGGCAGGCAAGUGUGCUCUGAUGCAGUGCACUGUUGUUGCUUCCCACCACCUUGACCAUAUUAGGAAAUUUCUGAACAAAUAUUUUCCCCAAAUAGUUAGGCCAACCUUACUAUAAUUACAUGCACCAAAGAAAAUGAGUUUACACUUAAAAUUGAUUUUGUGUGAUAUCUAUAGCCUAAUUUAAAAACAGCCCAACAAACAUUUUUCUUGGUGUCUUGGCCUGUUCCUGGGGUUAUUUGGGGUGCCAAUUCAGAAAAUUGCAUUGGAUAGACCGCGUCGGCUCUAGUUUCUUAGAUACGAUUGAAUUUAUAAAAUUUUAGUACAAGGCCAUCACUUUAGUCUUGGAAAUGAUAAAUUGCCAAUAACAUCAAUGGGUGAUUGGUGUAGAGUUGAAGAUGGUUAAUUUUCUUCUUGGUUAACAAAAUGGCUACACAAAGUAUCCAUGCUUUUUAUGCCUUUGGGAUAGUAGAGCCAGACAUGAACAUUGGGCAAGAAAAUACUGGCCUCCAAGACAGUAUAUGGUAGUUCGAGGAUAAAAUGCAAUCCAUGAACCUUUGGUAGCACAAGACAGAAUCAUACUGCCACCACUACAUAUAAAUCUAGGCCUGUAAAGGCUUUAAAUGAAGAUAGUCCGUGCAUUGAAUAUAUGAAUACAUACUGCAUAAGUUACCCGGACUUACCAUGGAAAAACUGAAGGCAGGAAUUUGAUGGUCCACAGAUCAGACAACUUAUAAAUGACACGCAUUUCGUAGCAUCAAUGAAUGAAAUCAAAUCAUGUGCCUGCUCUUCAUUUGUUCUUGUUGUGAAAGGCAGACAACUACACACAAUUAGUAGAGGACAUGCGCUCUCAUUUCAACAGGCUUGGCUGGAACAGGAGUGUUAAGUCCAUUAUCAUAGAUUGCUUUCCAGAGAACCUUGGUGACCUAAGCAAAGAACAAGAUGAAUAAAAACAGUGGAAGCCAGAUACCAAGGAAGAUGGGAUGCACACAUGAUGGCAGACCAUUGUUGGAAUCUUAUGCAGGAUUGUCCUGGCAUAUCCCACUCUCGGAAGUCUUACAAAAGGAGCUUCUUUUAUAUUGAAUGACUGGAAAGUUUGUAUCAUAAAUCUUUGAUUUUGGUAUAAAAUAAGUAGAUUUUCUUGCAGUACACUUUUAAUGUUUCCUUCAUGCUUAAAAUAUAUUAAUUUAAAACACUACAUUAAAAUAUCCCGAUUUUUUUUUAAAUGAGCAAGCCAAGUGAAGAGUGGUAUAUAGCUUAUGUUCUGUAUCUCAAAAACUACAGCUGAUAGGAGAAAGCUGGGGCCAUUUUUGGAAUCAGCAGGUCAAAUAGCCCCAGAUAGGUCUAAAAAUGUGUGUUUGCUAGUGAAACUAUCCAGGAAAAAGACAAGAGUGCAAAAAUGGCAACAAUGCCCAUACAGCCACUACUCGCUCACACUCCAACGCUCAAGCAGCUGUAGUCCGUCCAAGACAAGGUUAAGGCAGCAUGACCCAAGUCUUGUGCCAUCAGGUUAGCGUUAGUCUGCUUUCAUGAUAUUUAAGCCACCUGAUGUUUAAAUAAUUUUACAUUGUCCUUUGCUAUACAACUGUACACUUUAAGGUGUACAAUUCAAAGCUUUGUUAAAAUUGAUAAGGGAGAGUCUGGGAUACACACACUUCUGCCUUCCCCACUAAUGCCCAGAAUGUUUCGUCAUUAUUGAGCUGGACCAUACAAAACAGUUUCAUAAAUGUUUCAACAGCUCUAGUUAUUUCCUAACUAAAUACUCCUGAAUGAGGUACAGCAAACAAAAUAAAAUCGGGCCUCAGACAGGACCAGGGGAAGUAUAUCAGGCUGAGGGACUCUUCUCCUUUCAUAGGUGCCACUGCAUUUAGCAGCUCAAUUCAGCAAGCCUUUGUGGAUGCUAAAUACAAAUUUUGCUCGGAGCAUCUAAUUGCCAAGAAAUACCUGCAGUUAUUGUAGGGAUAUUUUACUGCGCCAAGGCUAUAUAGCUGCCAUUGUGUACCAAGGGUAACAAAGUCCAUUAUAGGUCGGCUGCUAUACAGAUUAUGUAGCCUCAUAUAGCCCCAGCAUUUCUUCAUAGAUUCAGUGCUAAAUGUGACUUUGAUCACUCACAACCAUAACUUUACAAGGGUGGAAAAAGCAAGCUAUAAAGCCUGAACAAGUUACCCGCGCCUGGAUUUUUUUUAAAAGAGUACCACCAUUACAUAUUAGAAUGCUACAGUCACCUAACAUAGCUAAGAGAUGUCCACCCAUACUUUAACAGCUCAAAGACAGCCCAACACAACUUAGGGUCAGUUAAUCUCCUUUGCCUCCUUGAAGGCCUUAAAAGUCACACAGUUGUUGUAUCAUUGUUAAUGUGUUUUAUUCAAACUGCAAUUUAAAAUUUUAUUAGAAUUUUGUUUCCUUCUAAUGGUGCUACUUUAUUUCUCAAUUAAGGUAUACAAUGCUUGAGUAAAGAUGCCAUUACAAGAAGUAGGACUUUUGUUUUGCUAAUCAAGAGAAACUUUAUAUAUGGUGGGAUGGAAAUAUGGUAUGUAAAACCUUUUAACCUGAAGGACUCUAACUGGCUCAACAAAUGUAACCAACUGUUAAAUAAAAGAAUAUUUUCUUGA